AUGUUAGAACUACUAUCACGGCUCUUUAGCCCUGUUUAUUGUGACGCACCAGAACCUUGGCAAAUCGGUUUCCAAGACGCUGGUAGUCCUAUCGCAGAAGGAAUUCAAAACCUUCACAACGAAAUUUUCUUUUACCUAAUUGUUAUUUUCGUUGGUGUAGGAUGGGUAUUAGGUUCAGUUGUAGUUAACUACAGCCAAGACAAAUCACCUAUCGUAUACAAAUACGCGAACCAUGGAACGUUAAUCGAAUUAGUGUGGACAAUUACACCCGCAUUCAUUCUUAUCGCCAUCGCAUUCCCAUCAUUUAAACUACUUUACCUUAUGGAUGAAGUAAUUUCACCUUCUAUGACAAUUAAAGUUGUCGGACACCAAUGGUACUGGUCUUACGAAUACAGUGACUUUGUUAACGACGAUGGAGAAAGUAUCGAAUUUGAUAGCUACAUGCUACCAGAAUCUGAUCUAGAAGACGGACAACUACGACUACUUGACGUUGAUAACCGAGUUGUUGUACCUGUUGACACACACAUUCGAUUUGUUGUAACCGGAGCCGAUGUACUACAUGACUUCGCUUGCCCAUCACUAGGACUGAAAAUUGAUUGUUGUCCAGGACGUCUGAACCAAACAUCAGUGUUCAUCAAACGGGAAGGAGUAUUCUACGGACAAUGUUCAGAACUAUGUGGAGUAUACCAUGGAUUCAUGCCAAUCGCAAUUGAAGCUGUGUCAAUGGAAAAAUACCUCUCAUGGCUAGAUUCACAAGGAUAG